AUGCAACAGCCGCAGCAGCACGUGCAGCGCAGCGCGGAGGCAGCAGCUUUUUGGCAGCAGCAACACACCCAGAAACAGCAGCUGCAGCAACAACACGUGCAGCACAAGCUGCAGCAGCAACGCGUGCAGCAGCAGCUGCAGCAGCAACACGUGCAGCAGCAGCUGCAGCCACAGCAAGCGCAGCGCCAGCAGCAGCAAGAGUAUGGAUUUCCGCAUAGCAGACCUCCUCAAGAGGCUAUGCUCCCGAAUGAACACUCCUUUCAACCGCUGCAGCAGCUGCAGCAGCUGCAGCUGCAGCAGCUGCAGCAGCAGCAGCACAUGCAGCAGCAGCAGCACAUGCAGCAGCAUCAGCACAUGCAGCAGCAGCUCCAGCCCCACCAUGUGCAGCCAAGCCCAGCUACACUCCAUCAGCCUAACGAGCACCCGUACCUACAAGACCAGCAACGGCACAUGGGUAUCUCCGUGGCUGUAGAGCCUCCCGAAGCCCCUCAGCAGCAGCAGCAUACGGAGCAGCAGCAGCAGCUGCAGCAGCGCAAGAGCUGCGUGUAUGCUGCUUCCGUAGACGUGACAAAGCGAGUGCCUCCUCCGCUGCGUGAGCGGCAGGUUGCCGCCGGUGCAGCGAGUGAGCCUCUGCCCUAUGGAUCAGCUUCUGCUGAAGCGGCAGCAGUAGCAGCAACACUGCAUCCCAAGAAGAUUGAAAUGCGUUUGUUUCUCCGACGGCUAGGAGGGAGGUAUGUUACAGAGGCCGGAAAGGAGGAGUUGGCUUUGACAGCAAAGCUGAAGGAGCUACAGGAGGAGCUCAACCGCGUCCAGGCGCAGAUGGGGAAGGGCCCUACUGUUCAGCAGCAAAAGGAACCCCACAAAUGCCUGUGCGGAGCAGCGUGCUUGGAGGCUGCUGCUGCUGCUGCAGCAGCAGGAGCUGAUGUUGCUGCUGUGCUACAGCAACAGCAACAGCAGCCACUGCACGGAGACACCAUCCUGUACGAGAUGACAAAGUUCCAAGAUUUGGUUGACGACGAACACAAGGAGAAAAAGAAGAAUUUUAGGAAUGUCGCAGGUUUGUGCAAACGUAAGGUGGAGGGUCAGCCGAAGCGGCAGGGGCAGAAGCAGGAGGAGAUGGAGCGCCAGUGGCGGCAGCAGGCAAAAGUGUUGAGUGGUGGGGUUGCUGCUUUUUGGUUAAAAGUUGAACGUGUAGUCUGGGAGGACCAGAAGAGAUCUCUGCAGUCGCAACUGCAGCAGCAGAAGGAGAAAAACUUCGAUCGAUUCGUCAAGAAGGCGUUGAAAGUCUCCAGGGCCAUUGCAGGAGGCAUUAGAAGGGCGCAAGAUGAGGGACUUUACGGGGGAAGUUGCUUGGGUGGGACCCCUGACGGUGAAACGACUCAUGAAGAAAGUACGCAACAUGCACAGCAGCAGGAACAGGAGGAAAAGCAGCCGCAACAGCAGCAACGGCAUCGACGACGAUUGCAGUCACCUCGGGGCUCAAAAGAGGCCUCAAGAGACGGUGACGAAACAGGCAAGGCGAAAGGAGCAGCAGCAGCAGCAGCACCAGGUGAAGAUGAGGACUUUGAAGCAUCAGGAAAACAAGCGGAGAAGCAGGAGGCGGAAGACAUGGAGCUUGAUGCUGAGAUGGAGAGGGAAGAAGAGUCGGGAGCAGACAACGUGAAAGAAGGUGACGAGGCAGGCGACCUGGAGAAAGAAGCAGAGGAACCGCUAGAAGAACUGCUGAAGCGCUACGGCUACUCCAGCGUUGCGGACUUCCGCCAACGGGGCAGAGACGAGACCGGAAGCCAAGAGGAUGAUGACGCUGAAGCUUCGUCAAAUGCGGAGGAGCCAACACCAGAAGAAACCACACCGGCAGCAGAACCAGUACCAGCACCGGAGGCAGCAGAAGCAGCAGAGGAAGUGGCAGAAACAGAAGCUGAGCCCCAGCCUCCUACCCCACGCAACAGUACGCGACCCCGCCGAGCGGCCAGUCGCCGGGUGCUGGAGCAGUUUGAAAAUCUUCAGAAGGAGCAACAGCAGCAAGAAGGCCAGACUCCGGAAGAGGACGAGGAGGGUUUAGCAGAAGGCGGCGAAAACAUUGCUGCUUUAAUCAAAGAAAGAGAUGAAGAGGAUUUACAGCUUGACCAAGAUAUUCACUCAAGCGAAGAGGAGUCUGAAGCGGGCGCAGAGGACCUCAUGAACGAGGCAGAUAUGCCUCUUAGCGAGAUUCUUAA